ACCCGUUUGAGCGAGUCAUGGCCAUGAGGCAAUGCGGAAAACAUCCGCUGCACGCGCCUAAUUGUGGGCUGGUGCACUCCUCCUCUUGUUGCGUUUCGGAAGACGGAACCAAAAACCAAAAAAAAACGAAUGCAGCAGUCGGGAAUACUGGACUAUAAUACACCCUUUACGCGGCUUUAAGUGCAGCUGAAGCUUGAACGAAAGUCAUGUGAUACCAAAGAAGUGCCAUCAAAUGAUGCUGUGCCAAGGAUAUUUCCAUUGCCUGCUGCUGAUUGCCCAGCUGCUUGUGCUCCCAUUGUUGCAUGCCUCGCCAGUAUCAAGCCCAGAAAUAUCCAACAAAUCGAACAAGUCGCCAAACAGCGUCCUUGCGCAACAGCAGCAACAGCAGCAACAGCAACAACAGCAACAACAGCAACAACAGCAACAACAGCAGCAGCAACUACUCAAGUCGAAUCCCAAUGCCCAGGAAGCGCAUCUAAACUCGCUGAGCGCGUUUGCCACGAGCUACGGUAACUUGGGCACGGCUCAAGCACAGAUGCAGCCGCCGACUGAAGCAGGAUUCAAGCCCUCCUAUAAAAUGCCCGAAAUGGAGACGAACUUUACGCCCAUGCAAAGUGGAGGUCUUGGCGAGAGCACCAGCAUUGCCAGCCUGCCCAGUACACCCAUGCUGAUGCAGUAUCUGCCGGCGCAGACGCUUCAGGAUGGCAGUGGGACCGUCCAGUAUCUGCAGCUGAUACCAACGCGUCCCAUCAUUGUGCCCAUCAGUCCAUAUUUGACCACAGCGGCCACUGGCGGCGUACAGGCGCCGGUGCCCGCCCUAACACCUAAUGUGGCUCCAACACCCGAUUAUGGUGCAAGCGGAGUCCAGCUAAGUGCACUACCCGCUAAUACGGGCAUCACCGGCCUACACUAUUCUGCUGCCGGUCUGCAGGGCUAUGCCAAUGGGGUCUCUCCCGUCGCCGCCUAUCGCAGCAGCUACCGCAUCAAUCGCGAGGCGAAGGAGAAAAACUUUCCGCCCACAUUUAGCCUGAAUCUCAACGAGUAUCUGCCGGCGGCAGCGAGUGGUCACGAUGCAUCGGUUUCGGGAACAGCUUCGCAUCCGCAUACCCAACUGUAUAUCAGAGCCAGGCCAUAGAUUGCAAUCCCGACAUUCACUGCAAAUCCAAGUUUGUUGCU